GUUUUCACGAAUAAUAUAUUUCUCAGUUCACAACACAUGUCGAAAAUGUAAAUAAAAAUGUGGUUUUUGUAAAUUCAAGCUCACAGUUUAUGUUGUAGAAAAUGGAGCUAAAGACAUACGAUUUAAAUCCUCAGUUUUCAAUCAAUGGGUUGAAAUUCCGAUUUUACUCUGCAGCAGAAAUCAUUGCAUUGAGUGUGAAGGAAAUUACAAAUGUUGAAACAUUUGACAAUCUCGGCCAUGCCAAUGUGGGUGGACUGUAUGACCCAGCACUUGGUAGUAGUGAAAAGUUUGAUUCGUGUUCCACUUGUGGGCUCGUCAGUCAGAACUGUCCUGGACAUAUGGGGCAUAUAAAACUGGCCAUACCAUUGUUUAACACAGUCAUUUUCCCUACUUUAUACCAUCUUUUGAAGGCAGUGUGUUUUAAGUGUAACAGACUAUGUGUGGAGCAGACAGCCGAAGAGUUAUUUUUAGCACAGUGUAAGUUACUGGAUGAAGGUCUGGUAGCCGAGGCCAGCGAUCUACAGACUAUAUUUGCAGAGACUGGAAAAGCUGAGAAGACUGAAGAGAUAAAAGUUUUUACAGAAAAUGCUUUAAAUGAGAGAAAAAAUGGUAAUUUGAAGGUGACGGCUGUAAAGAAUUUGGAAGCUGUGAAACUAGAGAUACUGAAAAGUUUUAUGAAAACACACGUCAAACAUCAUGCACGAUGUGUACACUGUACAAUACGUAUGCCAAAGCUUAGAAUGGAGUACCACUCGAAGAUCUUUAUGGUGGGAGGAAACACAGUAUUUAGUAAAAAUAAUGAAAGCGACGACGAUGAUGAUGAAAGUGAUGAUGAAGAUGGUGAACCAAGAAAGAAGAAACAAAAAAUGCAAUCAAAGAGUAGCGGCAGUAGAAAGAGUAGUGACGUUACCCUUCUUACUCCAUAUAAUGUCAGAGAGAGUUUACGCAAGGUGUGGAAAUUAGAAAGCGAGGUGUUAAAACGUAUGUAUCCAUCAAUAAUGUCGGCGGCAGAUCUGGAGUGCCCUACUGACAUUUUCUUUGUUGAAGUUGUUCCAAUCCCUGCUACAAAGUUUAGACCAAUUUCUAUGAUGAGUGGUAGAAAAUACGAGCAUCCUCAGACGUCCAACUUGCUAAGACUGUUAAAAUGUAAUUAUAUUGUGCAAGAGAUACUGUGGGAAAUGGAGAAAGCUUCAGCUAAUACAAACACUGAAGAGAGUACCAAAUACUCAAGGGACGUCAACCAGAUUCCAGGGAAAACGUUGGUAGAUAAACUGAGUAAUGCCUUAACAAGGUUACAGUCUGCUGCUAAUGCUGUAAUUGACAGUGAUCUUGAUAAACUAUCUGAUGAUGUCAGGCCAGGUAUCAAACAGGUGAUUGAGAAGAAGGAGGGAUUAUUCAGGAAGAACAUGAUGGGUAAACGUGUCAACUACGCUGCACGAUCAGUUAUCACCCCUGAUCCAAAUAUAAAUACAAAUGAGAUUGGAAUACCGGAAGUAUUUGCGAAGGUUUUGUCCUACCCUCAGCCGGUCACACCAUGGAAUGUUCAUGAACUGAGACAGGCCGUUAUAAAUGGACCAGAUGUCCAUCCUGGGGCUACUCAUGUUAUUGAUGAGAGUGGUUGGGUAACUAGACUAGAUGCUAGAUUUCCUGAUAAACGUGAGGCCUUAGCUAAACAGCUGCUUACACCAACAGUUACUAAACAUAAAACCUUAAAUGGUGUGAAAAAGGUACAGAGACAUUUAAAGAAUGGUGAUGUGUUACUUAUAAAUAGACAGCCCACGCUACAUAGACCUAGUAUACAGGCUCAUAAGGCACGAGUAUUAAAGGGAGAGAAGACAUUACGACUUCACUAUGCCAACUGUAAGGCGUACAAUGCUGAUUUUGAUGGAGAUGAAAUGAAUGCACAUUUUCCACAGAAUGAAAUAGCCAGAUCAGAGGCUUAUAAUCUAGCUAGUACAGAUUUUCAGUACCUUGUACCUAAGGACGGCACACCCCUGGCGGGUCUGUUACAGGAUCACAUGGUGUCAGGUGUCUCCCUCACUAUCAGAGGAAGGUUCUUUACAAAAGAUGAUUAUUGUAGACUAGUCUAUGGAGCUCUUAUUGACAAAAAUGGACCAGUUAAAAUGUUACCACCUUCCAUCAUAAAACCAGUCAAAUUAUGGUCAGGGAAACAGGUGUUAUCUACAGUUGUUCUCAAUGUUAUACCAGAUGGUAAGCCUGCUUUAUCACUUGAUGGAAGAGCUAAAGUUCCUGAGAAGAGUUGGAUAAAGGUUCAGAAGUCUGAUUUUGAUGAUCCGUUGAAAUAUAUGAGAGAGAGUGAGGAUGUUAUUAUAAGACAAGGGGAAUUACUCUGUGGAGUUCUUGAUAAAGGGCAUUAUGGUCCAUCAAACUUUGGACUGAUCCAUUGUUGUUAUGAGUUAUACAGUGGUGCUGUAGCAGGACAGAUGUUGACAUGUUUUGGUCGAUUGUUUAUGAACUUUCUCCAGUGGCGAGGGUUUACGUUAGGUGUUGAGGAUAUCCUGGUUACUAAACAGGGGGACAAAAAAAGGAGAAGACUUAUCAAGAAAUCACCAGCCUGUGGUGAAGUGUCAGCCAAGAAGGCAUUAGAACUUGACCAGGAAUGUGGGGAGGCGGAACUACUGAGUGCAUUAAAGAAUGCCCACUUUAAUAAGGAGGAGAGACAGAUGAGAGAGUUGGAUCAGAAUAUGAGGAGUCAGACCAAUACUAUACAGAAUGAUAUUGUCAA